UUUCCUAUUCUUUUUCGGUCUUCCAAAUUGUAUGCUAAAUAUUUGUCCAAUUAUGUAUUGUGGAUCCCUUGCAAUUUUCUCAUCGCCGUCCUUUGUCCUGUUAGGUGACUAACAGCAGUGAUAUAUUUACUUUAUAAGAAUCAUAAAUAUAUUAUUGCAUAUCUAAAAGUGUGAUGAAUGACCCAGUAGAGAACAUAACACCACAAGAAAAAUAAAAUUAUAGCUAUACUUUCAGAACGACGAAAGUUGAAUCUAAGAAAAUCCCAUCUUCAAAGAAGGAAUAGACUUCCCAAGUCUUAUACCAAGGUUGAGCAUGGUAAUAUUACAACAGGGCUACUCUAUAUUUCCCCUGCAAAUGCGUUUUGCCGGAUCCUGAAGCGUAGAUCAACCGAAGCAUUUGAGAGCAUCCCUUAUGUAGCAAAUUGCUGAAUGCUUACUUUUGGGUUUACCAUUGAGUUAUUAAACCUUACAGUAUUUUGGUUGCUACCAUAAAUAUGUUUGGUGUUCUUGUUGAGAUUAUUUUUCUAUUCAUCUUCCUUUUUUAUGCACCUCCAAGAAUGAAGGUUUCCCUUGUGCUUUCCCACUUCAUGUCUCUUUUUUUAUCAUGUACGAGCUUACCUUCUCACAAAUUUAAUCAACAUAUGUCUUACUCUUAUGUUAUCAGAUUAUGCCUGCUAUUCUUGUGGUUGUUUGUGUUGUGAUAUUUCCAGCAGCAGCAAUUUUGCAUACCCAAUUUCUUCUCCGCGGUGAUACUCGAAUUGAUAUUGCGGGGUUGUUGUGUAUGAUCUUCAGUAUGAUUGCCUAUGCAUCUCCUCUUUUUGCUAUGAAAACAGUAUAUUUGACAAAAAGUGUUGAGUACAUGCCUUUCCUUUCGCUUGUCUUUUUCUUGAAUGGUGGAGUUUGGACUGUCUAUGCUGUACUUGCAAAAGACACAUUUGUUGGAAUACCAAAUGGGACUGGAUUUUUCCUUGGAAGUCUUCAGCUGGUUCUCUAUGCAAUAUACUGGAAGCCAAAGUCAUCCGGGCAAGUGGGGGACGAUUUAGACAAUGAACAGCAGACCGAACCGCUCAUCAAAUCUUCAAAACAGUUGGAACAGACAAACGAAGAUGGUGUUGCUGUCAUUGUAUAAUUCUGCUCAUAAAUUGUCUGUAUAUGCCAGAAGAUAAAGGUUUUGGUAAUAAGGAUAAUAAUCUCAUAUUAAGGGCAGAGGAAUGUAAGGUGUUCCUUUUAAUACGAGUCAAGACAUCUUUAUGGCUAGCUAGUAGCUACUAGCAUCAGAUGUCUUUUUUUCUGUACUUGGCAUUAAAAAGAUUUUUAGAACUUUGCCACUUGGGUUUUUCA